AAAUUCUCUAGUCUAAUUGACUAUCGUUCUCUCUGUAACUAGCCCUAGCUAGCAGCUUGAGCUUGCUCUGUACCUUUUUCUUUCUUCUUCUUCUUCGCAUUUUUCUCUGUCGAGAUUCGUAAUGGAGAGCAGUGAAAGCCCUCCCGAGCCUAAGAAACCCAAAUCCAAGACUCCGAAAAAGUCUAAGGAAACCCCCAGCACCCUCAAGCAGAAAUCUCCCGCUGAGUUUUUUGCGGAGAACAAGAACAUUGCUGGAUUUGAUAAUCCUGGGAAAUCUUUGUACACCACUGUGAGGGAGCUUGUUGAAAAUUCACUUGAUUCUGCUGAGUCCAUUUCAGAGCUUCCUGUUGUCGAAAUAACCAUUGAGGAGAUUGGUAGAAGCAAGUUUAACUCUAUGAUUGGUCUUGUUGAUCGAGAACGUGUUGAUGAGGCACUCUAUGAUGAUUAUGAGACAACUAAGGCUCGAGAGAAAAGAUUGGCAAAGGAGGCCCGUGCCCAAGAAAUGCAAGCAAAGAAUGUUUCGCUUGGAAAAAAAGUCAAAGAGUCCCAACCUUCAAAGGGAAUGAAGGGUCGAGGUGAAGCUUCAUUUUACCGGGUGACAUGCAAGGAUAAUGGAAAAGGAAUGCCACAUGAUGACAUACCAAAUAUGUUUGGACGAGUUCUAUCUGGGACAAAAUAUGGCCUGAAGCAGACACGAGGGAAAUUUGGUCUUGGUGCAAAGAUGGCUUUAAUUUGGUCCAAGAUGAGUACAGGGCUUCCUAUAGAGAUAUCAUCAUCGAUGAAGGGCCAAAAUUACAGUACAUACUGCAGGCUGGAUAUAGAUAUUCAUCGGAACAUUCCUCAUGUACAUGCACAUGAAAAACGAGAUAAUAAGGAGCAUUGGCAUGGAGCUGAAAUACAAGUUGUAAUUGAAGGAAAUUGGACUACCUAUCGUUCCAAGAUAUUGCACUACAUGAGGCAAAUGGCUGUUAUCACCCCUUAUGCCCAAUUUUUGUUUAAAUUUGUAACAGAUUCAACUGAUAAAAAUGUAACUAUAAGGUUUGCUCGAAGGACUGAUGUAAUGCCACCAAUUCCUCUUGAGACAAAGCACCAUCCAUCAUCAGUUGACUUACUGCUGAUCAAACGUCUCAUAACAGAAACUUCAAAGCAAAACCUUUUACAAUUUCUUCAGCAUGAAUUUGUAAAUAUAGGAAAACCUUAUGCUGAACGGUUAAUAGGGGAAAUGGGUCCCGACUUCAACCCCAAAACGCUUGUUAAGUCUCUAACUUCUCAGCAAAUCGUCCGCAUCCAUCAGUUAUUUCGUCAAGCUAAGUUUGAUGAUCCUAGUGGUGAUUGUUUAAGUCCUGCAGGGGAAUAUAAUCUUCGGCUUGGUAUCAUAAAAGAGCUGCAUCCAGACAUGGUUGCAACUUAUUCAGGCAGUGCUCAAGUUUUUGAAGGCCACCCAUUCAUUGUGGAAGCUGGAGUCAGCAUGGGUGGAAAAGAUGUGAAGCAAGGUCUGAAUAUUUUCAGAUUCGCAAACCGGAUACCUCUUCUUUUUGAGCAGGGUGCUGAUGUUGUAACCAGAACUGCCCUUAAGAGAAUUAACUGGAAUAGUUACAAGAUCAACCAGACACAAGAUAAAAUUGGUGUUUUUGUGAGCAUUGUAAGCACCAAAAUUCCCUUCAAAGGGACUGGAAAGGAGUAUAUCGGAGAUGAUAUUACCGAAAUAGCUACAGCAGUGAAGUCUGCUAUUCAGCAGUGUUGUAUCCAGCUUAAAUCGAAGAUAGUGAAGAAAAUACAGGCACGCGAGCAGCAGGAAAGAAAACGGAAUCUGAGCAAGUACAUUGUGGAUGCUACCAGUGCUGUAUACGAGGUUUUGAAAGAAAUGGCACAUUCACAUGCAUCAAAGAAGAAACGGGUGGCUGAUGAUGACGAUGACUCCGAAUUACUCGAUAAAGUUUCAGAUCGGACGGUUACGAAAGAAACUCUCAGGGAAAAGCUUGCUCAACAUGUUGAACACGUGGACUAUGAGAUGGCAAUGGAGUACGCAACACAGAGUGGAGUGAGUGAGGAGCCAAGACAAUCUAUAUAUUUACAGUCACUUGAAGCUGAGGAUAGCUUCAUCGAUUUACACAACCCCAUAUUUGUUUUCAGAUUGUAUAAUUAGGAAAAAAGAAAACUAGGAUUUAUUGCCUAUCCUUUAAAUUGAAAAGGUGGUCAUGUAUUAUUUUUCAUUUGAUAUUUUUUCUUUUCAUUAUUCUUGUACUAAUAAAAGAAGUGUCUUGUUAUUUAA